AAUAAUCAUUUCAUUCAUAGUCCAUUCUCAUAUACCAAUCCACAGUCUGCCCUAUACAAAAGCUACCCCCACUCAACGAACUUUCCAGAAGCCCUUCAACAACCCUUUCGGCUUACUCUAUUUUCAUUCAUUCCCAAUUCCCAAGAUCCAAUCAGAUCCCCCAAUUUCAUCCGAGUAUGGCCGACGAAGCUAAGGCCAGAGGCAACGCCGCCUUCUCCGCCGGCGACUACGACGGCGCCGUCCGCCACUUCACCGACGCAAUCGGCUUAGCCCCCACCAACCACGUUCUCUACUCCAACCGAUCCGCGGCCUACGCUUCCCUCGGAAAAUUCUCCGAUGCCCUUUCCGACGCGCAGAAGACUGUCGAGCUCAAGCCCGACUGGGGAAAGGGCUUCUCGCGCCUCGGCGCGGCUCAUAUGGGCCUCCUCAACUACGGCGAGGCCGUCUCGGCCUACCGGAAGGGCCUCGAGAUAGACCCCAACAACGAGGCCCUCAAGUCCGGGCUCGCCGAUGCGGAGGCCGCCUGGGCCCGGAGCUCGAGGCAUCCUCGGGGAGGGCCGGGCGCGAGCCCUUUCGGGGAGGCGUUCGGGCCGGAGAUGUGGGUCAAGCUGGCGAGUGACCCCGGCACCCGGGGUUUCCUCCAGCAGCCCGAUUUUGUGAAGAUGCUGCAGGAUAUUCAGAAGAACCCCAAUAAUUUGAACCUGUAUUUGAAGGAUCAGAGGGUUAUGCAGGCAUUAGGGGUGCUAUUGAAUUUGAAAUUGCAGACGAGGGACUCUGAGCAGGAUGUGGAAAUGCCCACGGCAUCCAAUGGUGGGUCUCCAGAGAGGAAAAGGCCGGCGGCAGUGGAGACCGAACCCAAAAAGGAGGAUAAGAGGCCUGGAAAAGUGCCGGAGCCCGAGCCUGUGGAGGUUUCUGAUGAGGAGAGGGAGAAGAAGGAGAGGAAAGCGCAGGCCCUGAAAGAGAAGGAAUCUGGGAAUGCUGCGUACAAGAAGAAAAAUUUCGAGACUGCAAUUCAGCACUAUUCGAAGGCAAUUGAGCUGGACGAUGAGGAUAUUUCCUUCCUCACUAAUCGAGCUGCCGUCUACCUUGAGAUGGGCAAGUAUGAGGAAUGCAUUAAAGAUUGCGACAAGGCUGUAGAAAGGGGUAGAGAACUGAGAUCGGAUUUCAAAAUGAUAGCCAGGGCCUUCACAAGAAAGGGAUCUGCCCUUGUGAAGAUGGCGAAAUGUUCAAAUGAUUACGAACCUGCCAUCGAGACUUUCCAGAAAGCUCUCACAGAGCAUCGUAACCCAGACACACUGAAAAAGCUCAAUGAUGCAGAGAAAGCAAAGAAAGAUCUAGAACAACAUGAGUACUUUGAUCCACAGAUAGCUGAUGAGGAACGUGAGAAAGGUAACCAGCAUUUUAAAGAGCAGAAGUAUCCUGAGGCCAUCAAGCACUACACGGAAGCAAUUAAGCGAAACCCAAAAGAUCCAAAAGCAUACAGCAACAGAGCUGCUUGUUACACAAAACUUGGAGCAAUGCCUGAGGGACUUAAAGAUGCCGAAAAAUGCAUUGAACUCGAUCCAACUUUCUCUAAAGGCUAUACCAGGAAAGGUGCUGUCCAAUUUUUCAUGAAAGAGUACGAAAAAGCAUUGGAAACAUAUCAGGAGGGAUUGAAGCAUGAUGCUCGCAACCUGGAAUUGUUAGAUGGUGUUAGGAGGUGUGUAGAGCAUAUAAACAAGGCCAGCCGUGGAGAUUUGAGCCCCGAGGAGUUGAAAGAGAGACAGGCUAAGGCAAUGCAAGAUCCUAAUCCAAGGGCUGCACAGGAACACAUGAAGAAUCCUCUCGUCAUGAACAAAAUACAGAAACUCAUCAAUGCAGGAAUUUCUCGUGGACUCCUAGAACCUCUAGCUCCCUCUCUUUACUCCACCAAUUUUUUCUCCCCUUCAAAAACAAUCUUCAUCUUCUCCAUUAAUCCACCAUUAACAACUCAAGCAAUCGCCUGUAAAUUUCCGCUUAAGCUAAUCCCCCACAACACCCUUUCGCAUAUGGCGGACGAAGCCAAGGCCAAAGGCAACGCCGCAUUCUCCGCCGGCAGCUACGACGACGCCGUUCGCCACUUCACCGACGCUAUUGCCCUAGCCCCCACCAACCACGUACUCUACUCCAACAGAUCCGCCGCCUACGCCUCCCUCGGCAAAUUCUCCGAGGCACUUUCCGAUGCGCAGAAGACCGUGGAGCUCAAGCCCGACUGGAGCAAAGGCUACUCGCGCCUAGGCGCCGCGCACAUGGGCCUCCAAAGCUACGGCGACGCCUUCUCCGCCUACAAGAAGGGCCUCGAGAUCGACCCCGGCAACGACGCCCUCAAGUCCGGGCUCGCCGAUGCCGAGGCAGCUUUGACACGGAGCUCCAGGCAGCCUCGGGGAGGGCCCGGCGCGGGCCUUUUCGGAGAUGCAUUCGGGCCGGAGAUGUGGGUCAAGCUGGCGAGUGAUCCCAGCACGCGGGGGCUCCUUCAGCAGCCGGAUUUUGUGAAGAUGCUGCAGGAUAUUCAGAAGAACCCGAAUAAUUUGAACCUUUAUUUGCAGGAUCAGAGAGUUAUGCAGGCAUUGGGGGUGCUAUUGAAUUUGAAGUUCCAGACGAGGGACUCUGAGCAGGAUGUGGAAAUGCCCACGGCUUGUAAUGGUGGAUCUCCAGUGAGGAAGAGGCCCGCAGCAGCGGGGGCUGAGCCCGAGAAGGUGGAGAAGAGGCCGGAAAAGGAGCCUGAGCCUGAGCCGAUGGAGGUUUCUGAGGAAGAGAGGGAUAAGAAGGAGAGGAAAGCACAGGCACAGAAAGAGAAGGAGUCUGGGAAUGCUGCGUACAAGAAGAAGGAUUUCGAGACUGCAAUUCAGCACUAUUCUAAGGCGAUUGAGCUGGACGAUGAGGAUAUAUCUUUCCUCACUAAUCGGGCUGCUGUUUACCUCGAGAUGGGCAAGUACGAGGACUGCAUCAAAGAUUGUGAUCAGGCUGUAGAAAGGGGUAGAGAACUGAGAUCAGAUUUCAAGAUGAUAGCCAGGGCCUUGACAAGAAAGGGGUCUGCCCUAGUCAAGAUGGCAAAGUGUUCAAAGGAUUAUGAACCUGCCAUCGAGACCUUCCAGAAAGCUCUAACUGAGCAUCGUAACCCAGACACACUGAAAAAGCUCAAUGAUGCUGAGAAAGCUAAGAAAGAUCUAGAGCAACAGGAGUACUUUGAUCCACAGAUUGCUGAUGAGGAGCGUGAAAAGGGUAAUCAGUACUUUAAAGAGCAGAAGUACCCUGAGGCUAUCAAGCACUACACAGAAGCAAUUAAGAGGAACCCCAAAGAUCCAAAGGCAUACAGCAAUAGGGCUGCGUCUUACACGAAACUUGGGGCGAUGCCUGAGGGACUCAAAGAUGCUGAAAAAUGCAUUGAACUCGAUCCAACAUUCUCUAAAGGCUAUACUAUUCUUUUUUAUCCUUUUUUGUGUGUAGAGCAAAUAAACAAGGCUAGCCGUGGAGAUUUGAGCCCUGAGGAGUUGAAAGAGAGACAGGCCAAGGCAAUGCAAGAUCCUGAGAUUCAGAACAUCCUUACAGAUCCAGUAAUGAGACAGGUGUUAGUCGAUUUCCAGGAGAACCCAAAGGCUGCACAGGAGCACACCAAGAAUCCUCUUGUUAUGAAUAAAAUACAGAAACUCAUUAGUGCAGGAAUUGUCCAAAUGAGAUAGGCAGUAUAACAAGAAAGAGGAC